GUUCUCAACUUCUCAUGGCAUGCAUGGCAUGGAGAGAGAGAGAGAGAAACCCGUCGCCUAGCUAGCUUGCUAGCCGCAGGUGCGGCAGCCAGUCUCUCCCUCCUUGUUGACCAAAACGCCCCCACCCUUGGCAGUCUCCCCUCUGCUUAUAUCCUUCCUCUCCUCACCAAUCAAACCGCUCUCUUCUUUUCUCUCUCUAGUUCCCCAAUCGCAGCAGCAGAAACAACAGAUCCAAUUUAUACUAGGUUCCAUUGCAUCACACAUCAGUCACCCCAAACCAUCAAAUCACACGCCCAUCAAAUCACAGAGGCAAAUAGGAGAGAGGGAGAGAGGAGGAGAGAGAUACUAAAGCAAUCCAUCAGGUAGCUCGCCAGCAAUCGCGUGCCGCCUUUUCCACUCACGUACACAACCACGCUCGGCUCUGUUCGUUCGUUGCCGCGUCAAAUCGAGCCAAGAAACCAGUUUGUUGCUUCGCGUGCUGUGCUGUUGCCACUACCAGAAGAAGCAGCGAUAAUCGAUUGGCCGGUGGUUGUUGGUCGGCAUGUCGUCGUCCUCCUCCUCCUCUUCCGCGGCCUCCGCCGCCGCCGUGUUCCCGCCGACCCCGCAUCCGCAGACGCCGCCGCCGCCGCCGCCGCCGCACCAGCUCUCGCCGUUGGCGGCGGCACCCGCCUCCGAUCGCGAGCAGCUCUGCUACGUGCACUGCCACUUCUGCGACACCGUCCUCGUCGUGAGCGUGCCGACGAGCAGUCUGUUCAAGACAGUGACGGUUCGGUGCGGCCACUGCAGCAGCCUGCUCACCGUCAACAUGAGGGGCCUCCUCUUCCCGGGCACGCCGCCGAGCACUGCCGCCGCCGCACCGGCUUCUGUUACUACUACCACUACCACUACCGCCACCUCCAUCACCACGCCGCAGACGCCGGCCGCCGCUGCGCACCACGGCCAGUUCCACUUCCCCCACUCGCUCAACCUCGCGCCCAACCACUCCAUCCUGGAUGAGAUACCGAGCGCGAACCCGAGCCUGCAGCUGCUGGAGCAGCACGGCCUGGGCGGCCUGUUCCCCGGCAGCAGGAAAGCGGCUGCGCCGCCACCGCCCGCGGCGGGGAAAGGGGCCAAAGAGCCGUCGCCGCGCGCCAACCCUGUCGUCAACAGACCUCCGGAGAAGAGGCAGCGCGUGCCGUCGGCGUACAACCGCUUCAUCAAGGACGAAAUCCAACGCAUCAAGGCUGGCAAUCCCGACAUCUCGCACAGGGAGGCCUUCAGCGCGGCUGCCAAGAACUGGGCUCACUUUCCACAUAUCCACUUCGGCCUCAUGCCGGAUCACCAGGGACUCAAGAAGACCAGCCUCCUACCUCAGGAUUACGAGAGAAAGGACAGUCUUCUAAAGGAAGGGCUCUACGCAGCGGCGGCGGCCGCCAACAUGGGGGUUGCUCCAUACUGAUCAAGCCUAACUAGCUAGCAAGAUGGUACUGUGUCACCUGCUGAGAGUCUCCUUAACUACUGGCUCCUAUCAAGCUAUGAAGCUAGGGCUUCCUUCCUUGUUAGCACGAUGGUACUGUAUCACCUGCUAAGUGUCUCCUUAACUACUGGCUCCUAUCAAGCUAUGAAGCUAGCUAGGGCUUCCUUCCUUGUUAGCACGAUGGUACUGUGUCACCUGCUGAGAGUCUCCUUAACUACUGGCUCCUAUCAAGCUAUGAAGCUAGGGCUUCCUUCCUUGUUAAUUACUACUACGAACCUCUGUCCUAAUGACAUAUAAUACGA